UUUCGUCGAAAUGCAUUACGAGAUAUGGUAAUAAGCAUUCGAAUGAUUAAAAAAAACAAAAUUUACAAACUUGUAAAAACUCUCUAGUGAAAAUCUAAAAAGAUUUGUACUCAUAGCUUAUCUUUUAGAGUUAUGACCGUUUUAUUUGAACUUUCCAUCUCACGAAGGAAGUUCUCCAACUGAUAAAUCACUUUUGAGUUGAGAUUAUAUGUAUAUUAUGUAGAUCCAAAUGAACUAUGAAUAUUCGAAAAAGAGUUUGUGUUCUUACCUUAUUGAUGUGGAGAUACUGCACAUGUAAGAUAUUUUUUUAAAUAAAUGCUCCUUCUCAGAAACAUCGAGCAAUGCUUGCCGCUAUGGAAAGUUUAAGCUAAAAUUCGAAAAUCACUUUUUUUGUUACUACAGCAUUCAUUUAUAAUGGUUAUAACUCUGAAAGGAUAAAGUAUGCGAGUAAAUCCUUCUGGACUUUCAUUAAUCAGUCUCACUCAGUCCUACAUAUAUACUAAGUGUGAGUUUCCGACAGUUGAACAUGGUUCCUUGUUAAGGUCAAAUCUUUCUAGUCGUAUAAUUGAAAAACAAACGUCAGACUUGGAUAUAAGCAAAGAGACAAUAACCAUACCUUAAAUAACUAGUAAUUGUCACAAUAGUCUAGAAGUUCUAUUCGAAAAUUUUCGAAUAACAACGAAAUGAUAUCUCAACGAUAAUUCUUUUUUUUUUUCAGUCUCAGUUAAGAUGUCGUUAUUUGGGCUCAUGUAUUAUUAAUAAUAAUACACGUCGUCAAUGUGCAUAUUGUCGAUUAAAAAAAUGUUUUGAUAUUAAAAUGCGUAAAGAUUGGAUUCGUACUAAAGAAGAAAAACAAUUAAGACAAUUAAUAAAAUUAUCAAAAGAACAAAAGAAAAUAAAUAAUCUAACAAAUCAUCAACAAUCUCUUGUUAAUCUUCCAAUAAUUGUACGAAAGAAAAAAACAUUUUGA